AUGGCAUCUCUAUUACCAUUGAUCGAGGACCUCCUCCCGAUGAUCUUGCCGGCAUCCGUGGCCAUCACAAAAGCCACAGAUAUUCUGCCGCCUGCAACCCAGUCGGGGGAAGACGGAGAAACACCCGAGAUUCGCGUCGUCAGCAGGCAUGCAGUGAUUGACAAGACAGACAAAAUGUGCACAUCAAUGCACCACCAUGGCGAGCAAGUGUCGGGGCAGGGCUCGCUCCUUUCGCAGCCGAAAGGGGACGAUGAGGAGCCGGAGCGGCAUGAGCUCGGGCCGGGGGAUUUCGCCUUCAUCCCCGCUUGGACCGAGCAUCAAGCAGUAAACGACUCGGACUCCGACUUUCAUUUGGUGAUUAUCCGUAGCGGAGGACGCCCCGUCGAGGUCGACCUCACUGGCUGGGGCGGUUCGCAAGUCAAGGAUGUUGCCAAACGAUGA